AUGGGCCCCUUCGAUCGUCGCCCAAUCCCCGACUACUUCAUUGCUUCACCACUGGUAGCGCUACUCUAUCCAGUUCAUCAGACUCUUCUUCGUCUUCGCGGUUCACCACGUCUCCCUCCUCCAGAUGCCCGUCCAAUCCGAGUGGUCUGCAUCUCCGACACCCACACCUUAGAAUGGCCCGACAUACCUGAUGGAGACCUGCUUAUUCACGCCGGCGACCUCAGCAACGAUGGCUCAGCGCGCGAGAUCCAAGCCAAUGUUGACUGGCUGCGAAGUCUACCACAUCCACACAAGAUCGCCAUCUGCGGCAACCACGACAGCUACUUUGACGUGCGCUCACGCCUAGAAGAAGACAAGGAAGACUCGAACGCCCCCUUUGCGGCAGUCUCCUCCUCGACAUCCUCCAUUCACUCUCUUAAUGAUCCCGGUGCCUCCCACAUCGACUGGGGCGACAUCCACUACCUCCAACACUCCGCCGUCACCCUCACCUUCCCGGGCUCCCCGUCCAUAGCAGCAACCUCAACAACGCCCCUAACAAGCACGCGCCCGCGCUCCCUCACAAUUUACGGUGCUCCUCAGAUCCCCGCGAUAGUCCCCUUCGGCCCGGAACACGCCUUCACCUACCCACCCCAACACGACGCCUGGUCUGGCACCAUCCCCCAAGAAACAGACAUUCUCGUCACCCACACCCCACCACAAUCUCACCUCGACCUAUCCCCGAUCUACUCAGCCGGUUGUCCGAACCUCCUUGCCGAAUCCUGGCGCGUGCGCCCGGUUUUGCACGUCUUCGGGCAUGUCCACGAAUCCUCCGGCCAGGAACCUAUAUUCUGGGACGAGGCCCAGCGCGCUUGGGAACGACUCUGUGCGUCGCGCCGCCCGCGCGCAAAGCAUGGUCGCUUAGCUUCGCUGGCCGGCUUCCUCCGUGAUCUGUUUGAUUUAUCUGGAUGGGCGGACGCGGCGCGGGUUGUGCUCUAUGGUAUCCUGGGAGUCGUCUGGGCUCAUGUGUGGGGUGGUGAGAGUCUCGGUGGUGGAUGGAUGGUGAAUGCUGCUUGUAUGUAUAGCAGCAGUGGGAAGUUGGGGAAUCCACCUAGGGUUUUUAACCUCUAA